UAACCUCCAGGUUUCAGCUCGGCUGGGUGUCCGUCAGGCUCCGUUGCUGUAGGGCCGCCCGUCUCCCUGCGCUGUGUAUUUUGUAGGUGCGUGUGAGGGAAUGCGUGUCUGAGCCUGGAAACAUGAGGCGUCUGCUGCUGCUGCUUCUGGGGCUCCUGCUCCUCCAUCACAGCUGCUGCUUCGAGUUUGUGAUAGACGGAGAAUGGGAGGAUGACACGUUGGACGUUCAGGAUCAUCAGCAGAGACACAGGAGAGCAAUAUUGACCAGCGAGGAGCAGGAAGACUUUGAGGCCAUUCGUGGCGAUGACAUCACUGUCAAGAGUUACAGGGUGGAGAGCCGCAUCACGUCGCGCUUCGCCCACACUACGGUCAGGAGCUCGGUGGUCAACUCUGGCACCAAGGCCCAGAGCAUCGGCUUCAACGUCCAGAUCCCCAAACAAGCCUUCAUCACCAACUUCACCAUGAACGUGAACGGCAUAAGGUUCAUGGGCUCGGUGAAGGAGAAGACCGUGGCCAGAAACCUGUACACGCAGGCCCGGGCCCGAGGCAAGGCGGCCGGCAUCGUCAGGGCUAACUCCCAGGACAUGGAGACCUUCAAGACGGAGGUCCACGUUCCUCCGGGCAGCAACAUUGAGUUCGAGCUCCACUACCAGGAGAUGAUGCAGCGGAAGCUGGGUUUGUACGAGCACAAGCUGUACCUGCAGCCCGGCAGGCUGGUUCCACAGCUUCAGGUGGACGUGUACAUCUACGAGCCAAAGGGAAUAUCGGCGGUGCAGACGCCGAACACGCUCGGCGCUCAGUUCGAGGAGCUGAUCAAAGUCACGUCCACCAAAGACAAGGCUCACGUCGCCUUCAAGCCCAGCCUGCAGCAGCAGAGGAAGUGCGACAACUGCACCGGCAGCGCCGUCGACGGCAUCUUCACCGUCACGUACGAUGUGGAGCGAGACAGCAACGCCGGGGAGCUACAGGUGUCCGAUGGCCAUUUCGUCCACUUCUUUGCGCCGUCAAACCUGUCGCCGCUUCCCAAAAACAUCGUGUUCGUUAUUGACGUCAGCGGCUCCAUGUGGGGGGUCAAGAUGAAGCAAACAGUUGAGGCCAUGCAGGCCAUUCUAGGCGACCUGAGCGUAGACGAUCAGUUCAGCAUCAUCGACUUCAACCACAACGUGCGCUGCUGGAGCGAGGAGCUGCUCCCCGGGUCGUCCAUCCAGGUCGAAGAUGCCAAGAAAUACAUCCAAAGCAUCAAACCUAACGGAGGCACCAACAUCAACGAAGCCCUGAUGAGAGCAGUGCAGAUGCUGGUGAAGGCGUCCAACCAGGGCCUGAUCAGCCCUCGGUCCGUGUCCAUGAUCAUCCUGGUGUCUGAUGGGGACCCCACAGUUGGGGAGAUCAAGCUCACCACCAUCCAGAAGAAUGUGAAGCGAGUGAUGAGGGAGGAGUUUUCCCUCUUCUCGCUGGGGAUCGGGUUCGACGUGGACUACGACUUCCUGGAACGCAUCGCGAUGGAGAACAGAGGCAUGGCUCAGCGGAUCUUCGCUAACCACGACGCAGCGGAGCAGUUGCGGACGUUUUACAGGCAGGUUUCCUCUCCGCUACUGAGGAGGAUCAUCGUUCAGUUCCCCGAGGGCCUGGUGUCGGACGUGACCCAGAACCGCUUCGACAAGUACUUCAGCGGCUCGGAGCUGGUGGUGGCUGGGAAGGUGAAAGCGUCUGGGAGCGACACGUUGACCAGCUUCACCACGGCGUCUGCUGCGCGGCUGGACCUCACCCUGGAGACGGAGGCUGACACUGCACAGCUGGACGCGGAGCUGGCCAAACACCAGCACUCCUUCAACGGCUUCGCCAGACAGAUGUGGGCCUACAUCACCAUCAAACAGCUGAUCUCUGAACGGUCUCUGGCGACAACAGCCGCCAGGAAGAGGACGAUCACCAAGCAGAUCAUGUCGCUGGCGCUGGAGCACCAGUUCGUCACUCCGCUCACCGCUCUGCUGGUGGAGAGCGAGGACGCCACGGAGAGGCUGCUGGCCGACUCCCCGAAGGACCCCAAACAUGGCUGCUGCUCAGGAAUGGGAUUUGGAGGACCGCCUGGACUUCCGCCUCCAACCAACGUCAUCUACGGGACUCCACCCUGGGUCCAGAUGGGCCCUACUCCCCAACCGGGAGAGGAGUUGAUAAAGGGUCCGGAGGCGGUGACUCUGCCCAAAAAUAUCAACUUUGUGGACAACGACCCCCACUUCAUCAUUCACCUUCCCAGGAACAACAUGGACGUCUGCUUCAACAUUGACUCUAAACCGGGUCACAUCCUCAGCCUGGUGUCCGACAAAGGAACAGGUUUGGUGGUGAACGGUCAGCUCAUCAGCUCCAAGCAGCCGCACAAGGGCAAACUCAGCACCUACUUUGGCACGAUCUCCGUCUACUACCAGCCCGACGGGGUCAGCGUGACGGUCGGCACCGACGGCAUCAGCCUGGACGACGGCAGAGGCCGCCACGCCUUCACCUGGGCGGCCACGGCUGAAGUCACUCUGGACGGGGUGAGGAUUUCCAUUGUGAAGAACGCUCACGUUACAGUCACGGUGAAUGGGGACGUCCAGGUGAUGGUGCUGCUUCAUCGCGUGUGGAAAAAGCAUCCGGUCAACGUUGAUUUCCUGGGGAUCUACAUCCCCAACCACAACCAGUACUCCCCCGUGGUGCGCGGGCUCAUAGGGCAGUUCUCCAGAGAACCAGAGGUGAGCGUCUACGACAUCCACGACGGAGCGGACCCCCUGAAAAAAGAGGCGACGAUGGAAGUGAACGGCAACAAGCUGCUUGUCACCAGGGGCUGGCAGAAGGACUACAGGCACGACGAGAAGCGCGGCUCCAACAUCUACUGCUGGUUCGUCCACAACAGUGGGAAGGGCUUCAUCGACGGCCACUACACAGACUACAUCGUCCCAGAUCUCAACAGCUUCAUCUAGAUGCUGCACAGCCGGUGACCAGCAGCGUGCGUGUGAACCACUGAAGUCACGUUUCUUACUACAUUUGAUCCUCUCCUUCCAGAAAAACAUGCACCACAUGUCACUUUUGUAACAUUUAUUUGGACAGAAUUUACAUCAGCAACAUUAGGUUGACCGUUAAUAAAACAAAAUCGGAGACGUCGCUCCUAAUUGUCUUUGUGAACGCUUUGUAUGUACAGAUGAAUCGUGGUAAAGCCACUCUGACACAGUAGAGUCCCUCACAGCUGGCUGGAUUAAAACUGGAGGGUUCCUGCUUCAGGCCAGUUUUGCGAAAUCUUCAUAGGCAACAUCGACGCGCUUCCCUUUAUGUGGACCCUGAGGGUGAGACGAGGCCAAAGCAUGACUUCUAAUCAAACCAGAAACCACAUUUGAACUGUCCUGACAAAGAGACAAUCAGUUUUUCUAACAAAUAAAUGAAUACUUACAGAGUCAAGCGUUAGUGCGGCACAGAAAUUCUUCUCAUCAAUCCCCUCCAGCACAGCCUCAGUAUCUCUGUACGAACCGUUCAGGAUCAAAACACGUUUACCUGCAGGAAAAUUGGCAAAAUGUGAUGAAGUUAAAAAAAAUACAGCUGUGGAAAAAAGAGAUUCAUUAUUUUGAUGUAUUGAUGUUGAUGUUAUCACAAUCAAAACGUUUUGUUUACCCGGGGCAGGUAUGACGGUCUCUACGUGAUUCUGGUCCAGUUUCAGUUUGUCUCCAGAGUCAACCAUCUUCACCACCGCUGUGUAUUUGUCUCGUACUUCCUACAGCAGAAGAUCACCUGCUGUUAACAUCCUCCUUCUAUGCCCAUACCCCCCCCCCC